UUUGUCAAUGGUUUGUCACGUUUGUGUUGUUUUCACUUGUAGAUUUCUGUCUAGGAUUUAAAAUAAAUUCCCAAAAUAUAUUACGUAGGCUAAAUAUCCACCUUUUCAACUUUUACCUGAAUUUUAGUUGAAAUUAAAAUGACUGAAGUGCAACUACAGGAAUUUAAACUGGACCCCGAUUCGGAGCUUCGUUUCGAAGUCGAAUCCAAGAACGAGAAAGUUGUUUUGGAGAUAAAAAGCGGUUACGCGGAGCUGUUUGGUACCGAGCUAGUCAAAGGGAAGCCCUAUGAGUUCCAUACGGGAGCAAAAGUUGCGGUAUUCACGUGGCACGGCUGCACGGUGGAGCUGCGAGGUCGGACUGAAGUCAGCUACGUAGCUAAAGAGACCCCCAUGGUUGUCUACCUAAACGUCCAUGCAGCGUUAGAGCAGCAGCGAGUAGCAGCAGAGCAGGAGAACACCAGAGGCCCGGUGACCAUGGUCGUGGGGCCCGGAGACGUCGGUAAAUCAACACUGACGAGGAUACUGCUCAACUACGCUGUGAGGAUGGGCCGGAGACCGAUAUAUGUGGACUUGGACGUGGGACAGGGGCAGAUUAGUGUGCCUGGAACUAUUGGAGCCCUACUAGUGGAAAGACCAGCGUCAAUAGAAGAAGGUUUCAGUCAACAGGCACCUCUAGUAUACCACUUUGGGCACAAGUCACCUUCAGAAAACUUGGAGCUUUACAAUACCAUCGUGUCCAGGCUAGCUGAGGUCAUUGCUGAGAGAUGUGAGAAUAACAAGAAAGCGUCAACAUCAGGCGUUAUCAUUAAUACAUGUGGCUGGAUCAAGGGCGCGGGGUACAAGAUGCUCACGCACGCCGCUCAGGCUUUUGAGGUCGACGUCAUAUUAGUAUUGGAUAAUGAGAGAUUGUACAAUGAGCUCAAAAGGGACAUGCCAAAGUUCGUCAAAGUUGUUUACUUACCAAAGAGUGGUGGGGUGGUAGAACGCUCGAGCCAAGCCCGCGCUGAGGUCCGCGACUGCCGCAUACGAGAGUACUUCUACGGCAAGCGCACGCCCUACUACCCGCACUCUUUCGAUGUCAAGUUCCAGGAUCUCAAGAUAUACAAGGUGGGCGCUCCGUCGCUGCCCGACUCGUGCAUGCCGCUGGGCAUGCGCGCCGAGGACGCGCUCACGAAGCUGGUCGCCGUCACCGUCACGCCCGCGCUCGCGCACCGCCUGCUCGCCGUCACGUUCGCCGCGGGCCCGGACGAUGACGCGCCCUGCUCUAACCUGGCAGGGAUCGUGUGUGUGACCGCAGUGGACAUGGACCGCCAGAUGCUCACAAUCCUCUCCCCGCAGCCGCGGCCACUACCCAACACUGUGUUACUCCUCUCCGAACUACAGUACAUGGACAACCAUUAGUACGUCCACAUCUGGCGAACGCGCCGCGAAUGUUCGCGGUGACGUAUUCGCCAGAUAUGGACGGACAUCGUGGGAAUUCAGACCGAAAGACAUGCUCAAAUGGCCUAAAGACAUAGACUAAUAAUACAUAGAUGGCAC